CGGCGUUAUCCAUCUCCCAUUUACAGAUCAUCUUCAUCAGAAGAGAAAGAGACAAUAGAGUUGUUCCUGAGCACCAACAUCAGCAGCAACUACUCCUCCACUCUCUCUCUCUCUCUCUUAAAAAAAAAAAAAAAACCACCCUCAAAUAUCGCUGUCACUCUCAUUCCCACUCUCUUCAGACGCAAGCUAUGUAUCAACCACCGCUGCCCAAUUUCUAAUGCCCAAACAGAUUAGCAAAGAAAAGAGCAGAUCCCUCUCCUCUUUUCUCAGCUCAGCUCUCUCUGUCGCUACCCAUGGCUCUUGCUUCUUUCUCUCUUCUGCUGCUGCUGGUUGUUGUCGUUCCUUCGUCAGUGUUAAUCUCGACCGUUGAUUCCCAAACGGACGGCUGCAGUGUGGAUCCGAGCUCAGUGCUGCCUUCCGCGUUCACUGCUGCUGGGCUCAGUUGCCGCCCUGUGUGGAACAAUUUCAUUCUCAGGUACUCCCAGGAUGAGAAUCAUGUUUUGACUAUCGUACUAUCCACUGUAUACACUCUCGGAUGGGUUGGGAUUGGCUUCUCCAAGGAUGGAAUGAUGACCGGCUCUAGUGCUAUGGUCGGUUGGAUUGGUAAAACUGGAAUACCUCAUAUCAAACAAUUUUAUCUUCGUGGCCGCUCAAGUUCAGAAGUCGUCGCUAAUGAGGGAAAGCUGUCAACUACAAAUAUUGCACCUGUAGUUGUAGUUUACAAAGCCAACAUUUAUGUGGCAUUUCAGCUAAACUUUUCAACUGCUGUAACGACACAAAACCUUCUGUUUGCUUUUGGGUCAUCAAUUCCAGUUAAUAACCGUCUAAAGGAACACAAUGAUAAGACAUCUAUUUCUUUUGACUUCUCUUCAGGCACAUCUUCUGCUUCUUCCUAUCCGUACCAACUAAAAAGAACCCACGGGAUAUUGAAUAUAAUAGGAUGGGGUGUGUUACUACCAAUUGGAGCCAUGGUUGCAAGAUAUUUCAAGAGAUCAGAUCCAUUGUGGUAUUAUAUUCAUGCGAUAGUUCAGCUUAUUGGAUUCAUAAUCGGACUUGCGGGUGUGGUUGCUGGAGUUGCACUCUACAAUAAACUGCAUGCUGAUGUCUCUGCACACAGGGGCCUUGGAAUUUUUAUCCUUGUGUUGGGUAUCCUUCAGGUAAUAGCAUUUUUUCUCCGACCCGACAAAGAUUCAAAAUUCCGUAGACUCUGGAAUUGGUACCAUCAUGGAGUUGGGAGACUCAAUCUCUUACUCUCAGUAGUCAACAUUUACCUCGGGAUCCAUGUUGGCUCUGCAGGAACUUCUUGGAAAAUUGGUUAUGGCAUCAACCUUUCUGUUCUUUUACUUACGGGAGUUGUCUUAGAAAUAUUUUUGUGGACAAGAUGGUCUCAGAAAACUUCUAUUCCUCCUACAUUCUAAAAUGCAACCUGGGAAUUGAUGAUCAUGAUGCCAUAUAAAGAGGUAUGGUUUUUAUUCUUAUGGUGUUCAUAAAUUUUGUCUGUAACAUAUGUUAGAUACAAAUUUGUUUAAAGGCAGCGUGUAUAGUAUGACUCUUUUUCGUUUGCCAUCCUGCAAAAAUGUAGUUGAAGAUUGGUUGUUAUUUCAUUCGAAAAAUGCAUUUUUUUGCUACGUAAUUCCCAUGUAGCUUCUGCAUGCUUAUUGUAAUUACCAUUGUUAAAAAUUAGAUCAAUGGUCAUGGAUGCUUGUUUAAA